AUGGCAAAAGCAAAGUCGUCAAGCAUGCUAGUAAUGCCACCAGAAGAGGAAGUAGCAAUGAUGUGGCGAUUGGUGGUCGAGAGAAGACAGAUAGAAUCGACGACUCUCAACAUUUAUGUCGCGUCGGAGCUAGCAACUUUAUUCACCCAAUGCUACAGGCACAACACCACAGUGCCAAUCGAGAAAGCAAAUAUUCCCAAUGAGGUAAAACAGCAACUUAUAAAAUUUGUUGCGAAACGCCUCGAAGUGGAUCAUUAUGAAGAGCGCCCAUUCGAUUGGAGCGUGAAUGUGGUGGUAGGGAACAGCCAUGUGAAGAAAAGUUUGGAAGUUAUCACUGAACUCGACUUGAAUGGCGAAAAAUUCGAAUUCGACGUGGAUCAAUUUGGAAAACUCCGAUAUCAGCUCGCAUCGGCCAUCGUUGCUAUGGAAAAACGCUCAAUGUCAUGA